UUAGUCAUCAUCAUCAUUAUCGCCGAUCAUUCAAUCGCGAAAAGAAACGCCGGAAAGUCAAGUCUGCUGUUGCUGCGGAAGAACAUCUGUGAUUUUUAAGCUCCGUUUCCGUAAAUUGAGUGAUAUUUGGUACCGAAAUGUCCGAUCUAUCCGUGGUGAGCGGUUCGGAUGUGGUGAAGAUCAACAUCUCCAACUCGCACAACGAUGCCGUUUCGUUCGAGCGGAAGUACAGCAAGUCGCUCAAGAUUUCCGAAUUCAAGGCAAAACUGGAACCGAUAACCGGUGGAUCGGCAGCGACCAUGAAGCUGGAGCUGUACAGCGGAGAUCGGCUGAUUAGCCGAUUGGACGAUGACGACAAGAUGCUGGGAUUCUACUCGGUGGAGGACGGCAUGAGGGUUCAUGUGAUAGACAGCUUUGCCUUCGUGCAGGAAAACGUCCAAAAGUUCGAGCUCAGUCAGGACGAGUACGAUAAGAAGCAGGACAGUCUGCGGAACUAUCUGAAGCGAAACAAGCUGGGCAAGUACAACGAGGAGGAGAUGGCCAAGCUGGAGGAGGAGCGUCGGAAGCAGGAAGAGGAAGAUGCCAAGAAGUUAGAACAGGCAACCAUCGGGGCGCGCUGUAAGGUAAUGACCAAGGGACACCCCACUCGUUUGGGGACAGUCAUGUACCGAGGAGAGAUUGAAGGUAAGCCAGGGGUUUUCAUUGGAGUGAAGUUCGACGAGCCGCUGGGAGUCAACGACGGCACGGCUAACGGAAAACGGUACUUCGAGUGUCCUCCCAAAUAUGGUAGCUUUGUGGCAGCUAAAGCAGUUGAAAUUGGGGAUUUCCCUCCUGAGAAAGAUGAGUUGGAUGAUGAACUGUAGAGAUCGUAGUAUGCAUUCCAAAUGACAAUCUCCUUUCUUUUUAUUCUGUCCUCUAUUUUUUCACCAUUACCAGUCACUAAUUAUUAGUACUCCUCGAAACUUUGUGAGUUGCGCCCUGCUUCGCAUUUGUGCAAAAUAACUAGCUUAAGCAAUCUUCAAA